CUGACAAACGAGAUUUAAGCAUUUUUUGAUUUAAAAUUAGUGAUUUUAAGAAUUGUGUAAUCUAUUAAGAGAAUGAUAUAAAUACGAGUUUUUAUUUAAUAUAAUUAUAACUCCAAGUUAUGUUUUAUAUUUGUAUUUAGAAAGAAACCUCGAACCUUAAAUAAGCACUUCUAUAUAGACCAAAUACCAGAUUUUGGAAAUAAACCCAUCAUUUCCGACACCGCAAACACCACAAAAAUGAACUGCAUUCGAUUAAUAAGAAGUCACAACAUUAGAUUUUUACAGAACCAAGCAAUAGUCAGGAUAUCUAGGGUUAAUUAUGUCUCACAGCAUCCUAUUAAAUUUACUGAAACUCAAGACAGACUGCGAGAAAAAGACGGAGUUUCAAAACAAUGGCAGUUAAUUUACAAAGCGCCCAUGGAGAAGAUUCUGCAGUUUACUACGGCAUACUUAACAUUUUCUAUUACUACUAUUUCUUGUAGCUUAGUAUAUUACUCAGCUUUUAUAUUUGAUACAGCUACAAUGCAUGAGCCUAUUGUACUUGGCAAUGACGUUGUAAUAGCAAAUAAUUCAAUGGAAUGUCUCAUUUAUCUUGGAUCAUUCAUUUUAUUACAUGUUGCUGUGAAACUCCUUUUGUCUAAAUAUGUUAUUCGUUUGUAUCAGAAAGGUGAUAAUUACUUGGCCAUUUUCAGAGGUCACACAUAUAGUUCAAUAAAUAAACACGAAUUUCACUUAAAUGAAUUUAAAAAGUUAAAUCCUUCACUGCUUAUAUCUUGGAGUGAUGCAAGAUUUGCUCUUGGAAAAAAGAAAGGAAUUCUUCUUGAAAAUUAUUUCAAAACUCCUGAAUAUUUUAAUUAUUUAUUGUAUAAGAAAAGUGCAGCUGAUUCUGAUGACAACCAAUAAAAUAUUUUAAAUUAUUGUUUUAUCUAGAUGUAAA